AUGUUUCGCAGCACACUCCUCCCCCUCGCCCUCCUCGCCGUAGGCGCUUGGGCUCAAACCUCGACCGACUGCAAUCCCCUCAACUCGACAUGUCCCUCGGAUCCAGCCCUGGGCACCACCUUCGACAGCCCAUUCAACAAGUCCACGACCGAAUUCAACCCGACCUUCUGGAACAUCACUGCGGGAACCGAUCUCAUCACUUUCGGCGACGAUGGCGCCUCAAUGCCCCUCACGAAGAAGGGCGAUACGGUCACAGUCAAGUCCAACUUCUACAUCUUCUGGGGCACCGUGGAGAUUAUAAUGAAGGCAGCGGCGGGCACUGGAAUCAUCAGCACGGUGAUCCUGCUGUCCGAUGAUCUGGACGAGAUCGAUUGGGAGAUCAUGGGCGGAAACAGCAGCACGGUCGAGAACAACUACUACGGCUGGGGCAAUACUUCCCAGUUCAACUCUGAAUAUCCCGCGCUUGAUGGUGCACAGUCGGACUACCACAACUAUACGAUUAAUUGGACCAAAGACAAGAUUCAGUGGAUUCUGAACAAUAAUACUGUGAGGGAGGCUUCAUACGACUCUCCCGGAAACUAUCCCCAGACCCCAGCUCGAGUGCAGUUUGGCGUGUGGUGCGGUGGGUGUUCUGAAAGCGAAGGUACCCGACAAUGGGCUGGCGGUGAUACCAACUUCGACCAAGCCCCCUUCACCAUGUACGUCAAGUCCAUUCGCAUCACCGAUGGCACCACCAAUUCGAGCUCGUACAGCUACGGCGACAACACCGGCUCCUACGAAAGCAUCAAAGUCGAAGAAGGCGAAUCCGAAGCAUACAAAGCCAUCAACAAACUGUCGACUACCCAAAAAGUCGAACAGAAAUGGAGCGGCCUCUCAACGGGCGCGAAGAUCGGCAUCGCAGUUGGCGUGCUGGGAGGCUUCGCCAUCGCCCUGAUCGCCUUCGCAUUCUACUUUGUGAACCAGAGGAAGAAGGGCCGUGCUGAAGCCGCCGCGCAUGAGAAAGAGUGGGAGGCGCAGAACAACGAGUUGAUGGAGUACCGGUCUAUGAUGGCCAAGGGCAACUUUGCCGUGAGUCGGCAGAGUGUCAUGAUGGACGUCAAGGCCAUGGAAGGCCACAGGUUUUAG